CAGCCACAUUCGCGCGACACAGCCCGCCGGAAGUGGGAGUGGGGUUGUCGAUCGGAAACAGAUUUAAGGAGGGAAUCGACCAAUGCACCUCACGCACAAGAGUAUGAAAGCAAUACGAAAGAAACAGGCAAUGCAACUUCAUUAUGGAAUUAAAUAAUACUCUCCGGUUGAGGAUCUAAGAAGGGGACACCAGAAACAACCCCAGAUGCUGAAGAAAAAAGUAACGUUUAUGAAUACAGGAAACUCGUGUAGGUGUCGGUCUCCUAAUUAAAAGUAAUUCAUGGUGCUGGUUAUAUAAAUUGGGUUGAAUGUUAUUUUCAGCAAAGAUGAAGAUUGUAUGAAACGCAGAGCUCCUGGACUUUAAAGAAGCACAACUACAAAAGGAAAAUUUUGGAAGUUUGAUGGAUCAUAAAUGGUGUCUUGUGGAAAUGUAAAUAUAUUUGAGAGUUUUGCAACAGAGUCUUGUCAUGACUGAAUGCAUUCACCGUCAGAUUUGAGAUCAUUCAAACAUAUCCAAUAGAGCAAUCGAGCUGUUCCAAUAUACACCUAAGUGAAGGCUAAACUACCAAGAUGAUGGACAACCGUUUUGCGACGGCCUUAGUGAUUGCAUGCGUCCUUAGCCUCCUGUCAGCGGUGUACCUCUGUGCUUCAAUAGGAACAGACUCUUGGUAUGAAUACCACAGCCCACCACUAGUGAAAGACAAUAGCAGUGUCGAUGUUUCCCAGCGCUGGGAAGAUUUUAACGAGAUGGAUGAGAAAGCAUAUAGUGAUGUGCUUUUCCAGAUGAAUGGGACUGUUGGAUUAUGGAGGAGGUGCAUUUUAAUGCGCAGAGACUUUCACUGGUAUCAGUCCCCAGAUCCUCAGCUGGUGACGCAGUGUGUGAGCUUUACACUUCAGCAGCAGUUCACACCAAAAUACAACGAACCUGGUAACCACAACAGUGGAGAAGACAUGCUAAGAACCUACCUUUGGCGCUGCCAGUUUCUCCUUCCAUUUGUCAGUCUGGGCCUCAUGUUCUUUGGAGCCCUGAUUGGCCUGUGUGCUUGCGCCUGUCACAGUUUGUAUCCCACUCUUGGGACGGGAGCACUGCAUCUAUUGGCAGGAGUGUGUACUCUGGGCACAGUGGGCUGCUAUGUGGCUGGCAUCGAGUUGCUGCACUGCAAGACAAAGUUGCCACCAGGGGUAGAGGGCACAUAUGGGUGGUCCUUCUGUUUGGCAGCUGUGUCUGCCCCACUACAGUUCAUGGCAGCUGCCUUAUUCAUUUGGGCCGCCCGCACAAAUCGACAGGAAUAUUCACGCAUGCAGGCUUACCGAGUUGCAUGAGCCUGAGAGACAAGUGGACCACCUGAGGCCAUGUGAAUGCACUGUUUAUGUACUGCAGCCGUGGCGCAGUGGUCUGGCUGUGCACUGACGAACAUCUGAGGUUUUGCUUUUUGCUGUUUGGUUGGAUCAUGGCAAGAGAAAGAAAGAAGGUUAGUUUAACAAAAGGAGUCAGGUGGGUUACAAAAUUCAGUCUUACCAUUUAAUUGAUGGAAAUGCAAAAUGAAUUGUCCUUCUCCUCGGGUCUAGCUCUUUUCUAAUUUUAGGUUUAAACAUUUCUUGUUAUCUCCAUAACACUUUAAUUUUUGAUUUCAUAUCGUUGACAGAUGUGUGAAAACAAAUAGGAAAACUACUUAAACUAUGAAACGAUCCCAGAUUGCCAUGCUGCACUAUAUGUUAUGUCUGCCCUGCAUUAAAUUACAGAUUGCAGUGCGGUAUGAAGACUUUAAUCAUAGAUUUAACAUGCAUAUCAAUUGAUUAUAACUUACAUACUUAAACUAAAGAAUAUACAACACAGACAUGUUCUUUCAACAACUGAAAUUUAUUCAAGACAAAUUUAUUUUACUUUUUUCAACCAUCGUGUUUCCUGCCUAGCAGCACUGAGAGUAAGGCCGGAAUAAACCCAGGAUGGGAUGGCACUCCAUCAAAUGCCAUAGUUUCAUGCCAUUUGUUUUUUUGAAUAGGUAAAUGUCUGGUUUUACCCUUCGAGGGUACAAAUAAACCAUAAAAAAUGUUUAUCUAGGGGCAAGUAAGGUAGUAACAUGCUCUCUCAGUAAAAGGGAGAAAUAUUCUGACCUUAUACAGAAAUAAACCCAAGUGUACUGUAUUAUUUGCAUAGUGAGUGUGUUAAAUUGCAAAUUUAGUUACGGAGAAAACUGAGAAAUGGCAAUUUAAUGCUUUUUUUUCUCUCCUAGAAUUGAGAAAUUGCAAUUUAAUACAUUUAUUUUCUCAUUUUUCCUCUCCUAAAUUUAAAAGGAGCUUAAACAGACUCGUGCCACAUUUCAGUUUUAGUUCAUGAUGAGCAAAGCAGUAACAGAUUUGUUUCGCAUACAGUUUGGUGAAAUCGCUCCUACAGUUUGCUUUACAUUUAAAUGUCAUAAUAGCAAAACUUUCAAAAAUUAAAUUUUGUACGUUUUUCAAGCGCUCGGUAGCUUGGAAAAUAAGCAAUUUUACUCCCUAAGAGCUAUUCCGCCACCAGAACCACUCUUACUUUCCACAGCCGAUCAUCAGAACUGCCCUUCCUUCCAUGCGAUUCCACUCAAUACCAUCAUGCUGCCAGUUCCGCCUCACACCAAGUAACACCAUCUGCCUUUAGUUUCCCCAACUUUGUAAGCCACUCGCCGGUGGUCUCAUACCCGGUUCUGCCGGUCGUGCAAAGGGUGCAUGCACGAAGGCGGCCGAACAUUGAGGGCGGCUGCAACAAAACGAAGGCUCGGCGCGGGACUCGUCUUUUCCCGUCAAACGGCGAUAACUUGCUUCAAAGAAAAACGGGCAAGUCACAACACGUGAAUUGUGGCAGCUCAAGUACGCAGCACAUCAAUCAAAUGUUUUUGUAGUGUUAAUCGGAAUUUUACUGAUGAAUUAAUUAAAGUCGUCGCCAAUUGGUUAAAUGUGUAAGUCAAGUUUUCUUCCUACAACGAAGAAAUUUUCGUUAAUUUUUUUUGACAUUAAGGAAAUUGCAAACCUUUUUAAUUUUAAAUACACUGGUUAAGAAAACGAGUGAAGGUAUUAUAGGGUGAGGGAGCGACUGAAAUUAAAUGGCACGAUGGCGGCUUCACCUCUAGAACCGGGCCUGUACCCAGGUCAGUGUCUUGUGCUCUGUAGCCACACACUCCACCUCUUUGCACGCUCUUUACUCAAAUCAACGGUGCCAUGAUGUUGCCUCAUCGAGAACAAGGCUGCAGAUGGGACGAGUAAAAUAAAUGUACUAAUGGUGUGGACUUUUGCUUGAAGUGAAACAAUUUGUUUUGCAAAUUAUUUUCUGAAGCGAAACUUAAGUUUCACUGUGAAUUCAAUUUUGCAUGAAUCAUUUAGUAAGCUACUAGCUAUGUAGGCUUCAUUCGUUCAGUGAAAUUUUCACAACAGCUUUGUUUUCAAAGAAGUGUAAUGGCUUUUUAAUGCAAGAUCGGCCACGUGUUCAUUUUCUGCGUUUGAUUUUGCUAGAUUACAGGAAGCCAUACAUGCUUAACUGACUAUCAUUGCUGAAUGUGUUAAUUCGCUCUUCCUCUGAACCUGUUAAUUCCUUUACAAUACAAUUUAUUUUUAUAUAGCCCAAAUCACAGAUGUGCCGCAAUAGGCUUAUUAAACAGGCCCUGUCUUUUGUCAGCCCCCCAGCCUUGACUCUCUUAAGAAUUCCCAAAAAAAAACCUUGUAGGGAAAAAAAUGGAAGAAACCUUGGGAAAGACAGUUCAAAGAGAGACCCCUUUCCAGGUAGGUUGGGUGUAAAGUGGGUGUCAAAAACAAGGGGGUCAAUACAAUAUAAUAAAUACACAGAACAAAACACAAGUCAUCCUCAGUACAAUACAAUAGUACAAUAGAAACAUCACAAGUACAGAGCAGAAUUCAACAGUAGAUGAUAUCCCAUAAUACGAUUUGGAUUUGUUCAGAGUCCUGGAGACCUCGACCAUCAAGCUGCAUCUACCUAUUGGCCAUUCCACAGCUGAGUCAGCGCUGGGCCAGACAAUCCAAAGAAAGGACCCCCUCUACCCAAUGAUUCCUGCGAUCCUCCAUCAGAGAUGACUUUACCUUUACCUUACUUUACUUACCUUUGCAAUAUUACAAGAAAUUCAGGAAACAACCCCAGCCAAGAGGCCAGUUUAUCACAGUGCAUACACCCACGUAGUCAUUCUCACUUGCUGCGGAGUUUAGAGAGUUCACCUAAUAGACAUGUAAUUUGGAGUUUGGCAGACAGAGGGAAUUCACCAAAUCCACUCCAAUUACGUUUGUGCCAGAAGGUGUACAGCUGUGUGAGGCCGCAUUUUCAGUGACCCAUGCAAAUGCAGAACUUGCUAAAAUGAGCUUUCUGAGGUGAUUCAAGCUUUGUGGGUUAGAAAGCAAGAAAUAUUUCUCCCUAAGGGUUAUUCCACCACAGAAACCCGCUCACUAUUACUUUCCUCAGCGGCUCUUCAGAGAUGCCCCCAAAGUUUCACAGCGCGUUCCGUGCGGUUCCAUGCAAUAUCAUCACAUUUUAUUGCCUGCAUGUUCAUGUUGCCACUCAUUUCAGGGCAGGUAGCACCAUCAGUUUACUUAGCUUCAUAAGCUGACCAGCGGUGGUCACAUACCCAUGCCAGUGUAUUUCAGCAACAUUGGCAGAAAUUCAGGUGACAACCCUAGCUGGGAUGCCAGUUGUGUAGUUUAGAGAGCUGAUACACACGUACUUCUGGUCAGAGCGGGGGAAUACACCAAGUCCUCUAACCAGGUUUGUGCCAGAACGUAUAUCGCUGUAUGAGGCCAUAUUACUAACGCCCUAUUCCAAGUGUAGAACUUACUAAAAUGAGCUUUUGGAGGUUUUUCAAGCUUUGCAGGUUGGGAAGCAAGAAAUAUAUUCUGCUGCCAAAACUGCUCACUUCAGUGAUGCCUCCAAAGUUUCAUAGCUCCUUCCAUGCAGAUCUACGUAAUAUCAUCACACUGCCUUGCCUGGAUAUUGAUGUUGCCAUUUCCAACUCACACCACUGAUUACAGGGCAGGUAACACCAUCUGCUCUCAGUUACCCAAAUUUCAUAAGGUAAUCACCAGUGGUCACAUAGCCACGGCAACACUGGGAGAAAUUCAGGAGACAACCCUAGCCAGGCGUUCAAUUCAUCACCAGGCCUACAUGAACAUACUAAUUCUCCUACACACUGGAGAGUUUAGAGAAUUAACCUAACAGACAUGUAAUUUGGAAUGUUGGGGCAAACCUGUGCAGAGAGCGGGCAAUGCGCCAAGUCCUCUCCCACCAAAUUUGUGCUAGAAGGUUUAUAGCCACAUGAGGCCACAUUAUUAAUUAGAGUUACCGCUUGUGAUGUUUCACCUACACACUUUGUUCUGUUCAUGCGAAUUUUUGGCAGAAAACGUUUGCUUUUUUGGCACAAAAAGCAAUUAAAGAAUGUCUUCCGCAUGAAACAAAAAGCCAUCUACACAUGGCAAGCAUUUAUUACAUCUCUCUUAAUAAAAUUCAACCACAAAAAUGCCGUUUCCAUCAGACCUGACUAUUAUUUAUUGUAUACAUUGUAGUAAGGUGAGAGAUCAGUGUGUCACAUCACAACUUUGCUAAUUCAGGUGUCCGUGUUUUCUUGAGCACCAUCACAACGGGACCCACCCCUUGGGAGGGCGUUCACGAGUUGCUUAUAUUUUCCAUUUGUCGUAUAGCAAAUGAAUACAGCAAAGCACUGCACCGGUCUAAUCUAUAUACUUGUUAAUAUAAACUAAAAAAACUUUAAGAAAUGCAGUGCUAGUGUUAUUGCUCUUUAAUCGUAUAUUUGGCCAAAUUGAAAUUUAUUAACAUAACACAUAUUUAGUUUAAUAGUAUCAGUUGAGGUUUUAACAGUUUUGAUUUAGUUUUGAGAUACAUCAUGAGACAUUUUUGUCUGAAAUUGAGCAUGUCCUGGCUCGGCAGGAGACAGAUACCUAAUUUUUUGAGGUGAACCAGGAGUUGUGUGCAAAAGGCAAAAAAGUAAAACAAAUAAAAUGUAAACGAAGUGAUCGAAACUCCAAGUUGGGACAAGAAUCAUAGUUAAAAAUCGAAUUUUAAUGGCAAAGAUAGUGUUUUCUUUCCUGCCGAUCGAAUAAAGCAAGGUGCCAACACUGACAUUUUAUCCCUUCGUGCUGAUGAAAUCUAGGUCAUGACCUUGGAGACCACACCACUUGGAAACAAGACAUGACCUUAACAACCGUUACACAAAAUGGAGUCUAAUAUAGAAAAAAAUGUAAGAACCUAAAAUUCAACCCUGCUCACGACCUAUCAUUUAAAUCCUUUUCAGUCGGGCAAUAGCAAAUGAGCACAGCCAUCACUUCACUGGUAUUAUCUAUAAAUUAUUUAAUAAAAACUAAAAUAAUUUUAAGAAAUGCAGUGUUAGUAGUAUUGUCUUUUAACCAUUUAUUUGGCCAAAUGGAAAGUUAUUAGUUUGGUUUAAACGUCAUGAGACAUUUUUUUCUCACAUUGAUAAUAUCCUGGCUCGGCAUGAGAUAGAUAACUAAUUGUUUGAGAUGAAUCAGGAGUUGCGUGCAAAAGGCAAAAAUAAAACAAAAUAUAGAUCUACAAAAUGUAUUGUAAAACACUCAAAAGAAAAAUGGCUUAUCAAAUAGUCAACAUGGCAGGCAGGAGAAAAGAGAAAAAUGAUAAGACUGAAUGCUGUAUCUCUUAUCUCGUAUCCAUUUGCUAACCUUCUGCUCCAUGAACCAAACAGCAAAACCUCAUCAUUUUUCUCCGGCAUGGACCCUUAAAUGGUGUACUCUAUAAAAGAAGAGAAGCUUGAAAAACACCGAAAUUGUCUUGCAGUCAAAGAACCACUCCAAAGCAAAAAAAACACUCGAGGGCUGUAGAGUCUCGAUAUUUCAGUGAUCGACAGCUGCUGGUCCUUUUUAGCAGAUCUGAAUCUUCCACUUAACUUUUCUGUACAGUAACUGCAGAGCAAUACGGCUGAACUUCAUGCUGGUCACAGGUUAGGAUUUAUUCAGCUAAAAUGAUUUUCUCGUAAAGAUUUCUGAUGUUGCUAUUCCAGACAACUCCGAUGUUAAGAGGAUGGCUUGACUUAUUGGGAAAUUUUUAAGCUGAAAUCUGAUGGUUCUUCCAGAAUUUUCCCAUGUGCACGAAGGCACCAUGCGCUAGUGUAGCAUUAUUUUCAGGGUGUUGAACGUCCUAAGGAGCUUGCACACGUGUUGGUAAGUUUGGAAAUUAGAUUUCAUUGUUUCUGUUCCCCUUGUUUUUUAAAAAAAAUCAAGAGAAAAUAUACUGCAGGUAAGAGUGAAAAUGUAAUCGUUUUUGAAGGAGAAGAUGAAAAUCCUCCUCGUUGGAGUGUGGCAAUCUACUUUGUGUGAAUAUGUCAUAAUGAUUAUAGUAGGUAAUCGUCAUUUAAAAUGUACAAAAUAAACACAAUAAUCAAAAAGUGGGACAGCACCUGCAUCCAACAAGAGUAUUGGAGAUUAAAUUUGAUUUUUUUUGCCAACUCUGUAUUGCGGUCAGGUAGCUUGUGUUCAGCACUGCUACCUUUCAAAUCCAGAAUCCUGGGUACAAAUUCUAUGCCCAGUUGUUAGUUGGUGUUGAGUUUGCACAUUCUACCAGGUUUUUCCUCACAUAUCCCCAAAGAUGCUCAUGUUGGGUCAAACAGAGAAUUCAGUCUUCUGUGUUGUAAAUUUGGCCCUGAAAAGGACUGCAGCCCUGAACAAGUCUUGUUCCUCUCCUACGCCUGAUGCUGGCAAGAUAAUGCCACCCCAUGAGACAACGAAUAGGAUUUGUCAGGUUGAGUAUUGUAUUGUGGCCUCUUUGUUUGUACCCAAGGCUGUUGUGAGUAAAGAGGCUGUGUUAUUGAAUUUAUAUUUUGCCACUGGUGGCAGGGGAUGGAUGUUCAACCAUCAUUUUAUUUGUCUUUCCAGGAAAGUAAAUCUUUUAAAGCAGCAAGGCAAAAUCAGAAUAGCAAUAGGUGUAAAUAUUAAUUCUUUGGAUGGUGCAAGUCUCUGUCUCUUCUCCGCUAAUCAUGUGCCAGUAACCAUUUGAAAAUGCUUACGUGCAAUAACAGAACUGCAUAGUCCGGUAGGGAGGCACAUGGUAUCCUUGGUGGACGUAUUAUCAUUUCUUAUAUGCACAUACCUACUAUUAAAGUAACACAAUACUCUUUAAAUUUUUUUUAAUAAAUGUGGUUUUGCUGAGCAUGAUUUUGUGAAUUGAUAGGGCCCAUCAGGCUUCUGCACAAGCACUGCAGAACUGGCCCAGGCUGAGAUGGAAGGCCCAGUCACCUGUAGUGCUGCUACAAACAUAAUGUUUAGCUUUCUUGAAACAUACAGAAUGACUUCUGAGGGAAGUUCACAAUCCAUUACACCUAUAAUCACAACCCAGUAAUGAGAAUUGUAGCGACCUUAUUCCAGCUGAAUUAUUAUUUUUUGGACAAAUUCUAAUUUGUAUUUGUGUUACCAUUCAGAAUGUGACUUUUUUAGCAUGUGUGUUUUGUUUUUGUUAAUAUAUAUUAAUGAAGAUUUAUCUCUGUGCACAUUUGUAGUUGGUCAUCAACGUAUUGUUACCACUCCAAGACUCUUUUGCAUGUCAUUGUGCUUUGUUCUAGUGUGUUAAAUUGUAGACGUUUUAGCAUUAUCUAUGUCUAGAGGCACUAUUGCUUGUGCCUGUGAGCACAUAAAAAACAUGAAGGUUUUGUUAAUGAUAAUUAAAGGUUUGUUUUAUGUGUAAGGAGAUUUCGAAGAUAAAGAUGCGUCUAUCCCUUAUGAAUUAAUUGUCCAACCUUGCCCAAUCAUUAAUACUAUUGAAGGGAGAAAGGAUAUGUGGAUUCCACAAAAUAAUUUAUUUUUGAAUGAUUGUUCAUAUUGCUUUGAGAAGAAAAUUGUUUAUUAAAGUCUAAAUGUAUCUUUAGUUUAAUAAUAAUCUGAAUUAAUAAAUCUCAGGCAUAGUUUUUUUAAAUGGCUUGUUUGACCAUGACUAGCAUCUCUUAGUUCCAUAAGAUACUGAUUUAAAAUUUUAUAAAGCAGAUGAAAAUAUGAAGGAAGUGUCAUUCGGGUUAGUUGAUUUAUGAAAGUAUUUUUCUCAUGCCUUUAGCUAAAUGUCUUGACUUAGUUAAAAGUCGUUCAUAUUUUGUUUAAGCAAAUGUUAGCGAUUCUGCUGUUAUAUUUAUUCAUAUGUUUUGUGACUUUUCCAUUGGUUGGGGUUGAUAUGAAUGAAGUAAUUUUUAAAUGUUGGUUUAAAUGGAAAUAACCACUUUAUUAUAGUGUAUAAAUGUACUUAAUGUUUCUUCUUCAUAAUUGUUUUCUACAAACCUGUGUUUUCAGUUUUGAAGUUAUGUAGCAAUAACGAAUAAAAUGAUUGUAGGUAUUGCCAUGUGACGACUGUACUACAAAAUAAAAUUCUGGAAAUUGAGAACGUUUAUCUUUUCAGUUAGCAGCACAUCCAGUAUAUAUGAUAUAUGUGUGCAGGUCUGGACUUGGGGGACAUUAUUGAGGAAAAUGCAUUUGUAUUACAAACUAAAUAAAAUAAGGCUGCCAAGAG